GAAGAGGAGGAGACUAAAAGGGAGAGACUGAAACUGAAAGUCCCGAGUCCAUUUGAAAUUGGACAGUAGAAGGAGAAAACAGGACGGGUCCAGGGUGAGCAGUGUUUACAUAUGCCGUUUCCUGUGCUCCGGCUGUUGUCCUUCAUGGAUUUGCCAUUUCACAUUUCACUACGUGAGUGUCUGUGAAGAGUGACGAGAUGUGAAAGACGCCAGAGUCUUCACAACCCAUACGAGUCUGGACGGACAUGGAUGUAGCUGGAGCUUGACUCACCGGCGGAGUGUUACAGGUUUACCUCUCAGACUUGAGAAGAUGAGUGGUUUGGGGGAGGAGGAGGACGGAGCAGAGUCUCCAGUCCCCAGCUGUCUGUCUAUGAAGAGUGACCGGUCCAUAAAUUUUCCUCCAAACUUCAGUAAUGAACCCCGACCCUCAGACACAGAACUGAGAGCAGAGUCUCCAGUCCCCAGCUGUCUGUCUAUGAAGAGUGACCGGUCCAGAAAUUUUCCUCUAAACUUCAGUAAUGAACCUGGACCCUCAGACACACAAGGGAAGAAGAGGAGUCAUGUACCUGGUUCAUCAGGAGACUCCUCCUGUCCCCAGUGUGUGAAAAGACCCAGAACAACACCUGGACUGCAGACAGCCAGUCAGACCAGCACUGAACAAACAGAUAGUGGUCUGCAGGAGGUUUUACAUCAACAUAAGAUCAGUCUGAGGAGCAGAUGUGAACAUGUGACUGAAGGAACUGAUGGAACAGGAAGUGGAACCCUCCUCAACAGGAUCUACACUGAGCUCCACAUCACAGAGGGACAGAGUGAAGAGGUUAAUACCCAACAUGAGGUGAGGCAGCUGGAGACAACUUCCAAGAUGGAGACCCUCCAUGACGCUCCAAUCAGGUGCCACGACAUCUUUAAAGUCUUACCUGAGCAACAGAGAGAAGACAUCUUUAAAGUCUCACCUGACCAGCAGAGACCCAUCAGAGUGGUUCUGACCAACGGUGUCGCUGGCGUUGGAAAAACCUUCUCAGUGCAGAAGUUCUCUCUGGACUGGGCAGAGGGCUUGGAGAACCAAGAUGUCAGUCUGCUGGUUCUGCUUUCGUUCAGGGAGCUGAACCUGAUCAGAGAUCAGCAGUACAGUCUUCUCAGGCUGCUCCAUGUUUUCCAUCCAACAUUACAGAAGGUCACAGCAGAGCAGCUCGCUGUCUGUAAAGUUCUGUUCAUCUUUGACGGCCUGGAUGAAAGCAGACUGUCACUGGAUUUCAACAACAGGGAGGUUGUGUCUGAUGUCACACAGGAGUCAUCAGUCAACGUGCUGCUGACAAACCUCAUCAGGGGGAAUCUGCUUCCCUCGGCUCUCGUCUGGAUAACUUCCAGACCUGCGGCGGCCAAUCAGAUCCCUCCUACAUGUGUGGACAGGUUAACAGAAGUACGAGGCUUCACUGACGCCCAGAAGGAGGAGUACUUCAGGAGGAGAUCCAGUGAUGAAGAGCUGUCCAGCAGAAUCAUCUCACACAUCAAGACGUCCAGGAGCCUCCACAUCAUGUGUCAAGUCCCAGUCUUCUGCUGGAUCACUGCUACAGUUCUGGAGCACAUGUUGACCACAGACCAGAGAGGAGAGCUGCCCCAGACCCUGACUGACCUGUUCUCACACUUCCUGCUGGUUCAGACACAGAGGAAGAAGAACAAGUACCAUGAGGGACGUGAGACGAGUCCACAGGAGCUGACGAAGGCUGACGGGGAAGUUCUUCUGAAGCUGGGGAGGCUGGCGUUUGAACAUCUGGAGAAAGGAAACAUCAUGUUCUACCAAGAAGACCUGGAGCAGUGUGGUCUUGAUGUCACAGAGGCCUCGGUGUACUCAGGACUUUGUACUGAGAUCUUCAGAAGAGAGAGUGUGAUCUUCCAGAAAACAGUCUACUGCUUUGUUCAUCUGAGCGUUCAGGAGUUUCUGGCUGCAGUCUACAUGUUCCACUGUUACACCAACAGGAAGAGAAAGGUCCUGGAGAACUUCCUGGGGAAACAACAUGUUGAUUCAACCCUGGAUAAGUUUCUGAUGGCAGCCAUGGAGAAAUCCCUCAGAAGUAGAAACGGUCACCUGGACCUGUUAGUUCGCUUCCUUCAUGGCCUCUCUCUGGAGUCCAACCAGAGACUCUUAGGAGGUCUGCUGGGUCAGAGAAAGAACAGUCCAGAAACCAUCCAGAGAGCCAUCACCAACCUGAAGAAGAUGAACACUUAUGAUAUCUCUCCUGACAGAAGCAUCAACAUCUUCCACUGUCUGAUGGAGAUGAAGGAUCACUCAGUUCAUCAGGAGAUCCAAGAGUUCCUGGAGUCAGAGAACAGAUCAGAGAAGAAACUCUCUGUGAUCCACUGCUCAGCUCUGGCCUACAUGCUGCAGAUGUCAGAGGAGGUUCUGGAUGAGUUGGACCUGGAGAAGUUCAACACAUCAGAGGAGGGACGACGGAGACUGAUCCCAGCUGUGAGGAACUGCAGGAAGGCUCGACUUUCUGGCUGUGAGCUGUCGGAGUCUCACUGUGAAGUCGUGGCCUCAGCUCUGAAGUCCAACCCCUCCCAUCUGAGCGAACUGGACCUGAGUGACACCAGGCUGCAGGAUUCAGGAGUGAAGCUGUUGUCUGUUGGACUGGAGACUCCAAACUGUAGACUGGAGAAGCUGAGGUUGAAGAGCUGCAGUUUGUCAGAGAUCAGCUGUUCUUCUCUGGCCUCAGCUCUGAAGUCCAACCCCUCCCACCUGAGAGAACUGGACCUGAGUGAAAACUGGGACCUGCAGGAUCCAGAUGGGAAGCAGCUGUGUGGUUUUCUGGAGAGUCCAGACUGUCGACUUGAGACUCUGAGGUUGAGUGGCUGCAGGUUGUCAGAGAUCAGCUGUUCUUCUCUGGCCUCAGCUCUGAAGUCCAACCCCUCCCACCUGAGAGAACUGGACCUGAGAGGAAACUUCCUGCAGGAUCCAGAUGUGAAGCAGCUGUGUGGUUUUCUGGAGAGUCCAGACUGUGGACUGGAGACUCUGAGACUGAUGUGCUGCAGGUUGUCAGAGAUCAGCUGUUCUUCUCUGGCCUCAGCUCUGAAGUCCAACCCCUCCCACCUGAGACACCUGGACCUGAGUGAAAACGAGCUGCAGGAUUCAGGAGUGAAGCAGCUGUGUGGUUUUCUGGAGAGUCCAGACUGUGGACUGGAGACUCUGAGACUGAUGUGCUGCAGGUUGUCAGAGAUCAGCUGUUCUUCUCUGGCCUCAGCUCUGAAGUCCAACCCCUCCCACCUGAGACACCUGGACCUGAGUGAAAACGAGCUGCAGGAUUCAGGAGUGAAGCAGCUGUGUGGUUUUCUGGAGAGUCCAGACUGUGGACUGGAGACUCUGAGACUGAUGUGCUGCAGGUUGUCAGAGAUCAGCUGUUCUUCUCUGACCUCAGCUCUGAAGUCCAACCCCUCCCACCUGAGAGAACUGGACCUGAGAGGAAACAUCCUGCAGGAUCCAGAUGUGAAGCAGCUGUGUGGUUUUCUGGAGAGUCCAGACUGUCGACUGGCGACUCUGAGGUUGAGUGGCUGCUGUUUGUCAGAGAUCAGCUGUUCUUCUCUGACCUCAGCUCUGAAGUCCAACCCCUCCCACCUGAGAGAACUGGACCUGAGAGUAAACAACCUGCAGGAUUCAGGAGUGAAGCAGCUGUGUGGUUUUCUGGAGAGUCCAGACUGUGGACUGGAGACUCUGAGGUUGAACUACUGCAGGUUGACAGAGAUCAGCUGUUCUUCUCUGGCCUCAGCUCUGAAGUCCAACCCCUCCCACCUGAGAGAACUGACGCUGAGAGGAAACAAUCUGCAGGAUCCAGAUGUGAAGCAGCUGUGUGAUCUUCUGGAGAGUCCAGACUGUCGACUGGAGACUCUGAGCUGGAAGUAGUGAUCUUUAUCCAGCUGAGUGAAGAGGACGGUGUGUGUGUUGACAGAGGAUGAUAUUUCUCCUGAUGCUCCAGAUGUUGAAGCAGCAGCAGCUGGUGUGCAGAGAGGCUCUGACUGGACCAUGUUACUGGAAGGUGGAGAGGAGAGCUUCAUCCAACAGUGACUGACGGAGGAAUCAGUGGAGGUUUUUACACUGAACCCUAACUGACUCUUAAGAUUAGUUCUGUUUUGGACAACAUAACAAUUAUCACUAUUUUUAAAGUUUUUUUGCACUUAGCUUUUAUUGUGAUAGUGAGAGAGAGAGAGAGAGAGAGAGGGAGGAAAGUUAAGGGACAGAGCUGCUGGGGCUCCCCAGAUUAACACUGUUAUUUCCAGUUGCAGCUCUAUGGAAGAAAAUCUUGGCCACGUGAAUUUUUUAUGUUGUUAGAGUUCUGACUUUAAUCUCUUCCGUACAGCUCCACCCUGUGGAAUGAUGGAGUACUGCAGUUAAUUUCCAGCUUCUUAACAACAGGGGAAGUUAUAGUAUAAGUUUACCUUUUCUGAAGUUAUUGCCUCCAAUAUUAGCUUUGUUUCAUACUAUAACAGAUACAUAUUUAAACUUUAACAGGCAUUAUCUGUUUGCCCAGAGUUGAGCUGCAUGUCAUCACCUCUCUUGCUCUUUCCCUGACACUCUCUCACUGUCCCUAUCCAAUCAUGUGUUUGAGGCUAAAGGAGAUAAACAAAGGUUAAACUGUAGAUGAAGCAGAAUGAAGAACUGUUUGUGUCUCAUGCUAUUUAUGAUUAACAGCGUAAACAGUCUCAAAUAUCAUGUUGUUCAGCUAGAGACUCCUUUUUGUAGUUUCUGAAUCAGACACUCCUGUUCACUCCCAUCACAGCCAAUCAGAGUGUGUGAUUCAGAGGCUUUACUGAGACCUGCUUGUAUAUAAAUGGAAGCCACACUGGAUUUAUUCUGAGCUCAAAGCAUUAGAAGCAAAGUCUAAGUUUAUCGUAGUGACAGAAAAAGAUAUAAAGAUAUUUAGUGCAGCUGAUUUUUCAAGAUGUUGAGGAGAAGCUUCAGGCAGAGCUCCAUGAAGAGCUGUGUGCCUCCCUGUAAGCAAUACUGAUCAUUACAGCUUGGAAAAGUAAAUGUUUAGAAUGUAAACAGACUAUUAUUGUAGAAUAGUGAACGGGGGAAGUAAAUGGUAUAUGAAAUAAAGAGAAAGAAAAAUGCCCCAUUAUGGUCCAGGUGCCUCAGGAAGUGCCAAGCCUCAGAUCGUAUGGAGGGAUAUGCAGGUAGAAAGAGAACGGCCAGUUCCAACUCCUCAACAGAAGAAGCUCGAAGCUUCGACUCACCUCCAGCACAAUCCAAAGAAGUGUGAGCUGGAGCAUUUGUUUUGAUGGUUUAUUGUUCUGUUUCAAACUUAACACGAUGGACUAAUACGCCCUAAUAUAAUGUGCAGAAGUCUUUAUAUGAUUAGCGAAGUCGUGCUGAUUCUGCGAUGUGUAAAACUUUGAUACUAAACUUGUGGAGCUUUUUAGUUAUAUUGUUAAUUAUUGUUAAUUUUUUUUUAAACAAAAAAAACAUUAUUGUUAAUUAUAUUGUUAUUAUUACUGAGAUUUUAUCAAUUUAAUCCAAAAAUAUAACGAAGAAUCAAAGGCUCUGAGUCUUACAUAUUAAUUUGGUGAUGAGUUUUUGAUUUUUCCUUUCUGAGACAAUAAAAAAGUGUUUGAAAUGAACAUAUAUUUUCUUCUUUGUUCUUUGUAUUGAAGUGAAGUGAAGGCUCAUAUUCUGCUGUGUAACGUCCGUAAAGGUGUUUGGGGCUGAGAGAUGAACUCGUGGACGUACUGGCUAAAAUCAACGAUAACCCUAUGAAACUUGGAAGUUUUAUAUUUUUCUUCAUCCAACAUCAAACAAUAAAAUGGAAACUACAACUUUAAUGUUUAUCCAACAAGAUGGCGGCCAUGUUGGCAGGUCAGCUGUACCCUGUAAACAACUCAUUUCACAUUUUACAACAAUUAAAGCUAAAAUGCUACACAAUAAAACAUUUACAUUCA